AUGCCGACGGAGAUUGAAAAUACCUCCGCCAUGACGGCAUCUAAUUCGGCCUCCGGAGAGGCGAGUAUUUCGUCGACUGGACAGCAGCCGGCCCCGCCGCCUCCGGCCGCUAAGAGGAAGCGCAAUCUCCCGGGAAUGCCUGGUAACGAGUUCGCCGAUAGAUCGCGGAUGAAUCCUGUCGCUCAGGAUUUGCCUCUUUCCAUUCGAGUUCAUCUAAUGCUUCUGUGUCUCGAUGCUAUGUCAGAUCCGGAUGCGGAGGUGAUAGUCUUGUCGCCGAAGGCGCUGAUGGCGACGAACCGCUUCGUGUGCGAGAUCUGCAAAAAGGGUUUUCAGAGGGACCAAAACCUGCAGCUCCACCGACGUGGUCACAACCUUCCGUGGAAGCUGCGGCAGCGCUCCGGCAAGGAGGUGAGGAAACGGGUCUACGUGUGCCCUGAGCCGACCUGCGUCCACCACGACCCUGCGAGAGCUCUCGGCGAUCUCACCGGUAUAAAGAAACACUACUCCCGCAAGCACGGAGAGAAGAACUACAAGUGCGAGAAAUGCUCGAAGAAGUACGCCGUUCAGUCGGACUGGAAAGCCCACACGAAGAUUUGCGGCACCCGGGAGUACCGCUGCGAUUGCGGCACUCUUUUCUCCAGGUAUUGUUCGUGUUUCCUCCUUUUUCGAUGUAUUCCGCCUCAGAACUGCGGAUUUCGCCUCCUCGUGACCUAAUCUCUCUCUCUCUCUCUCUAUCUCUCGAUCGGGCGCAGGAGGGAUAGCUUCAUCACGCACAGGGCGUUCUGUGAUGCGCUGGCGGAGGAGAGCGCAAAAGCGCAGGUAGCCGGCGGGGAGGCGGCGCCGGCGGCGAGACCUGGGCCGGGGGAGGCGGCGCCGGCGGUGAGACCUGGGCCGGGGGAGGAAGAGGAAAGGCUGAAGACGAUGACCUCGUCGUCGUCUUCCCCGUCUUCCGCGGUGAUCAAUACGGCUCUGCCUGUUCCGCGGUUGCCUCCGUCAGCCGAGCAGCCGCAGCAAGGUCAGUUCUCAGGCUGGGGUUCUGUCUCCUUCCCUCUCUUUUCUUUCGUUAUGUUUGUCGGAUCGAUCGUCGUCUCGAUAACGCAAUAG